AUGGACGCGUCCGUGACCCCCAUCUACCAGCAGCACACGCGCAAGCCCGACGAGCACCCCCUCGCAAGUGACACACAGCCAGGGAGCGUGUCUGCGCCCCUCAUCAUCGCCGAGCGCAAGCACACCCAUACGCCCCGUCAGCAGAGCAUUGACAAGCCCUUACCCGCUGUCCCCCCUGCCGACAGAGUACUUGAGCCAGAACACACCUUGUCUUCUCCCAUUCUCUCACCAUUCCCUUCUAUCAACAGCAUGCUCGACAUGCCUAAGCCUGCUUCGAGCGACGAGGCGCAGCCUCACCCCCACCAGACCACCGAGUAUCCCAAGGCCCCCACCCCCGAGCCUCUCGUCCCCAUUGUCGAGACGCUCGCCGGUAGCCCCACCAAGGUCGUCUCGCUCGGCGACAGCGCCCCCAUCGUCACCACCUCGUUUGAGGACGUCUCGCCUACCGGCACCUCGUUCGUCGAGGUUGACAAGGCCCCGCAGGCCCCCAAGUCGUCCACCGAGGACGAGGAGCAGCAGGACGGCAACACCGAGGCGGACGAGUCUGCCACGUCGCGUCGCAUCUGGGCCAACAAGGCGCUUGAGAUUGGCGUGACCACCACGACGUCGGCCAACGCGGCUGGCACGGACGCCAAGCUCGACGACGAUGACGAUCGGUCCUACCUCUACGACCGCGAGUUUAUCGGCCUCAUCGCCGACAGUGGGCUGAAGCCCAUCAAGGCGGAGGCUGAGGACGACGCUGAGGCUGACGCCAAGCUCGCCGGUACCUCGUACGUCCGCGGCAAGAUUUCUGCGCAGAUCGACGACGACCUUGAUGGUCACGACGGCAACGGCGUGCUCGACGCCAUCAUCAAGCGUCAGAACCUCAAGCGCGAGGCGCGCGAGCAGGCUGCGGCUGAGGCCUCGGGUGCCGGCGCUGCUGGUGUUGCGGCUGAGGAGGCGGCGGGCGUGGCCAAGGUGACGGACGAGGCGAAGGUUGCUCACGAGGCCGAGGCGGCCGACGAGGACCAGGCGGUCCACAACGUCGAGGCGGUCGUCGAGGACAAGACUGUCGACGACACCGAGGCUCACGGCGAGGCCAAGGCUGUUGACGAGGCCAAGGUUGACGAGGCCGAGCGUGUUGAUGACACCAAGGUGACUCGCGAGGUCAAGAGCGUUGAGGUCGACGAGCCUGCCAAGCACAACACUGCUCCUCCCGCUGUCGACGAGGAGGCUACGGAGCCCGCCACCGUUGAGGCCGCCACCACUCUCGAGGUCCACGCGACCGAGCCUGUUGUCGACAACGAGUCGACCACUGCGUCCAUCAACGACGCCGAGAACAGCACCUCCAACAGCCCCGCCUCGGCCCAUCUCCCCAUCACCCCGGUUACCCUCGCCACCGCCCUCACCCGCGACGACGUCGAGGUCGGUGAGGCUGACGAGCUCCCUGAGAGUGGCGAGCACGACUCGCUCACGGAGGAGCAUGACAAGCGCUCGCUCCUCGAGGUCGACCUUGAGGGCAAGGACGGAGGUGAGGCCUCGGGCCGCGUCACCGACGGCCAGACCGCCUCCGCCGCUCUCGCUGCCACCGCGGCGGUCGCGGUCGCCGCUGCUGUCCCUGUCGUGGCUGCUUCGGCCGUGACCGCCACCCAGGAGGUGGCCGAGGCCCUCAAGGCCAAGGAGACCGCCCCUAUUGUGACGGACUCGCCCCCCGCCGACACGCCCACCGCCCUGGCAACCGAGGCGUCGCUCAUCGUUCCGCAGAACACGCCCGCCGUCACUGACGCCCCGACCACAUUCAUCACCCCGGCCGCUGUCAACAUCGCUGACCUCAACAAGAACGUUCUCGUCAACACCUCGCCCGCGCUCCAGCGCGUCGAGGAGAUGGGUAACCUCAAGCAGGAUCGUCAGGCCACCCCGCCCCCCGCGUACGAGGAACAGGUUGCCACUCCCACCGCGCAUGACGACGACCACCUCACCAUCCGCCCGGCGCGCGAGACCGAUUCUACGCCCACCGCCCAUAUUAUGAUGUCGAUUCCGUCCAUCCGCAGUGUCCCGUCGAUUCGUUCGAUCCGCUCCGUCCGUUCGGAGGUCGCGCCGGAGGAGCACGAGCUCUUCGAGGCCGGUGAGGCUGAUGAGGACACGGCCACCGGCGCGCUGGCCUACUAUGGCACCGUUGCUCCCGACCACGGCUCGCCCGCCGCCGUCGCGUGGGCCGCGGCCACCCGUGAGCGCCAGCGCCGCAAGAUGAAGACUCUCCUUAUGGUCGCUGUCCCCAUCGCCGCUCUUCUCUACUGCGUCGGCGUGCGCGUUCGCAACGCCAAGGAGUCGGCCGCGGCCAUGUAA